AUGGCAGUAGAGUUGUUGAUGCUCCCGGAUGAGCUCUUCGAAGAGAUCCUCCUCCGGCUUCCCCCCGAUGAGCCAGCCUGCCUCCUCCGUGCCUCCCUUGUUUGCAAGGCCUGGGGUUGCGCCGUCACCCGUCCCAGCCUCCGCCGUCGCCUCCACGAGCUCCAUUGUACAACCCCCGUGCUUGGCUUCCUGCACGACCGUCGCGACAAGAGCAUCUCAGACUUCAUCCCUACCACAAUAUCGUCCUUCUCACUCAUCGUUCCAGACCGCCGGUGCUGGCGGGCCCUCGACUGCCGCCACGGUCGGGUCCUCUUUCUCUCUAACUCCAAGGGCCAAAGCACUGAGGAAUUUCUCCUGUGGGAGCCAAUCACGGGUGCCCAACAGCGCAUACCGGUGCCCGUGGCUUAUGACAACAUAAGUGCGAACAUGAUUGUGUACCCACCUGCCGCCGUGUUCUGCACAGCGGACGGGUGCGACCACCACGACUGCCUGGGGGGGCCUUUCUGCGUGUUGUUCAUCUUCUCUGUCAACAACGUAGACACUGAUGACGACACUGACGAUGACGGUGUCACGUGGGCAGGUAUAUACUCGUCAGAAACUGGCACCUGGGGCGAGCUGACCUCAUUGCAACCCUUCUGGCCCAUGUGCUUCACAUUUUAUUCUAGUGUGCUUGUUGGGAGGUCUUUGCUCUACUUCAUGUUUGAUGAUGGGUCCAUCCUAGAGUAUGACCUUGCACGGCACGGUCUGGCUGUGGUUGAUCCACCUGAGUCAGACUACAUCGACCAAUGUAACAUCAUGCUGGUGGAGGACGGUGGACUAGGUGUUAAUGAAGUUGUGAAUUUGCACCUCAAAUUGUGGGCACGGGAGGCGAGUGAUAUCACUGAUGCACGAUGGGUGCUGAGCCGAGUCAUCUACCUCGGCAGUUUGCUCCCAAUUAGUGCUUUCGUGGGUGCAGAGACUAGGGUGCUAGUGUUGGGCUUUGCCGAGGGAGCAAAUGCCAUCUUCGUGACCACGGUUGCUGGCGUCUUCAUGAUCAAACUACAAUCAAAUAGGGUGAGAAAGGUGUGCGAUGAUCAUGGCUUUUGUAAUUUGAUUCCACUUGUCAGCUUCUACACUCCUAUGCCUCGAGUUGAGCACAAGGAUCCGUCGUUGAAGCAUAGUGAGGAGGCAGAUGGUACCGACCAAGAAGGGGAGGAGGAGAAGACAGCAGAUCAUGCACAACAGUUGAUUAACAAUGGGUCCAAUGUUAACAAGGAGGGGGACUUUGUUAACAUCCUUGAAUGCGCUAUCCAUGCCACAGAGAACAGGGUUCCAUCACCUUGUGGGGAAGUUGCUCCAAGGUGUACCAGCACGGUCAACAAAUGUGGAUGCAGCUUGCUAUGUGAAGCUCAAGAGGCGUCUGAUCCUUUGGGCGAUGUCCCCAAGAGUGCACGGAAUGAAGAAUCCGUGAAGAGUUCAGAUAGUAUCAACAAAGAUGGCGCUGGGAACCCAAAAAACCUGCAGUAG